UGGCUUGGCCGCACGGACGGACGCGAGGCUAAAAUGGGAGCAAAUCUUUUCCCCCUCUGUAGCCGAGUCGCCAACUCCACUUGUCGGAUCUUGCCCCCAUAUGGAGCUCGCCGGAGCCGCGCGCCCUCAGCCGCCGGAGCCCGACGUGGCGCCGCCCCGUACGCCUCCGCAGGCGCCGGCAGAGGAGAAUUCAUGCAAAGAUACAGGAGACACAAGGAUCACUGAGGAAAAGUCAUGCACACCACAUGACUUAAAUCUUAGUCAACCAAAUAAUUCUGGCCUUAAUAGUUUGAGUGCGUGUGAGAACCAGACAUCCAACGGUGAUGAGAUGACUGAACCAGAAUCCAGACUGGAAGCAGCUAAGACCGAGGGCGACGGAUCAAGCAAAGAGAAGGUCCUAAAGAAGCCAGAUAAGAUUCUGCCAUGUCCUCGGUGUAACAGCAUGGAUACAAAGUUCUGUUACUACAACAAUUACAACAUCCACCAACCAAGGCAUUUUUGUAGGGGUUGUCAAAGGUAUUGGACGGCAGGUGGAAGCAUGAGAAACCUCCCUGUCGGUGCUGGUAGGCGCAAGAGUAAGAGCUCCAGUACAAACUGCCACGGUAUAUUUAUUCCAGGAAGCAGUCUAGCACCUCCUGGAAUUCCAUUGCCUAUAAAGGAAAAUCAACCAGCAGUUAAGUUUGGGUCUGAUUCCACUCUAUCUAACUCCAUGGCUUCUUUGUUGAGAGUUGAAGAGCAGAAUAAGAACAGCAACCUUGCCUCAACAGCACAUCCCAGAAAUGGUGAGAACCAGACAUGUCCACCUUCAGCAACAACUUCAGAUAAUCCACGGACCGAGUCAGUUAAAGUAACAGCUGGUGUACAACAAAAUGGAAUUGCUGGGGAUUGCAAUGGCGUCACUCCCAUGCCUCCUAUACCAUGCUUUCCCGGCCCUCCUUUUGUGUACCCAUGGAAUCCAGCAUGGAAUGGUGUUCCUGCCAUGGCAGCACAAGUAUGCCCAGUCCCAGCUGAACCAGCAAAUUGUUCAGAAAAUGGCAAUGGAGGUACUAUUCAAUGGAACUUUCCACCAAUGGUGCCGAUGCCAGGUUUCUGUGGCCCACCCAUUCCUUUCCCACUAAUGCCGCCUUCCGUUUGGCCAUUGGUUUCUCCUUGGCCUAAUGGUGCAUGGAGCGCGCCAUGGCUUGGACCUAGUUAUAACAUGUCAGCAGCACCUCCAACAAGCACUAGUACAUGUUCAGAUAGUGGUUCUCCAGUCCUUGGCAAACACCCUAGGGAUUCUGAUCCACAAGGUGGUGAGAAGGCAGAAAAAUCCUUGUGGAUUCCCAAGACACUCCGGAUUGAUGACCCCGACGAAGCUGCAAAGAGUUCGAUCUGGACCACCCUGGGGAUUGAACCCGGCGAGCGUGGCAUGUUUAGACCGUUCCAGCAGAAAUCUGGUGGCAGGGAGCAGAUGUCCAACGCAGCCCGAGUCAUGCAAGCGAACCCUGCGGCUCAAUCCCGCUUUGAGUCUUUCCAGGAGACGACGUGAUACGUAAAAUUCCGCCGUUUCUUUUCCCCCUUCAAGCAUGUUAUAUCAAGAAAAUGAUGUUGUCUGAGCACUGAUCGGCGAUGUAGAUGUUGUGCAACUGUACUAUCGGAUAGCGGUGUUUUUCUUUUCUUGUAAUAUCCUUGUAGAGCUUGUAACACUCCACCGGGCUCAUGACCAGACCGCCAGCAUGUGUUUGGUUGUACAAUGAUAAUAAUUGUUAAUAGCUUUGCUUAAUGCACACAUGCAUUCUGCUUUCA